AUGACCACAGAGAUGGAGAAUUCUUUUGAUGAGUAUGCAAUGGAUGAUCAUAAAUUCAUUGCUCUAGUGGUAUCAUCCUCUGACGAGGAUGAUAUUGAUGAGACAGAGUCAUAUGGUUCCAGUAUUAUUGCUCACAAAAUUAUCUCAAAUCAAACGACUUCCCAAGUAGGCACAACGGCAGUACGUAUGACAACAUCACACCAUUCAACUGAAACUCCUCAGAGAAAGAUAUCUUCGGUGUCAAAUAUUACAAGGAAAAGUAGUGAAAGAAAAUCAAAUGGAGAACAAAAGAAAAGGUGGUCCCUGAUAUCUAACCAUUCACAUAGUUCUUCUUCUAAGAAGAGAUGGUCCAUGCUGUCUUCAUUUACAAUGGACACCAAUACCAAGGAUAGCAUAACUAGUGGUUCUAAGAGGGUUAUAUCAACAUCAUCAGCUUCGCAAUCAUCUGUAAAUGAACAUCUGGAAAGAGAGAGAGACAGUGGCGCUUCAUCUAAUCAUAAGGAUUCAAGAUCUUCAUCGAUAAAGAGAUCAUCUACUGGUGCAUCUUUGAGACAAUUGUUUAACAAAAUUUCUAUUAGCGAUAAAGAAGUAGGAAUAGAUAAUAAUAAAGAAAAUAUACACAUACUACCGCAUAAUAAAAAUAUGGAUUCCAAUAUUAAGAACCAAAAAACCAUUAUUCCAUCUACACAUAAUCGACCAUCUACAACAUCUUCAACGUCAUCAUCUCAUUUCAGAGUACCAUUGAAACCAUUGAAUGUUCAGACACCAACGCACCAACAACAACAACAACAACAUAAUAUCCAACUUAGAAACCGUCGCUCUAUGCAACCUGUGAGCAACAGACAUUCUUUUCAAUCAGCUUCAAUAUAUUCUCACAACACAAUUAACCCUACUGGUAAUAAUAAUGAUAACAAUAACAUCAAUAAUAAUGAUAACGGCAAUAAUAAUCUUUCCAACUCAACUCCUGGAAAAUGGAAAUUCUGGAAGAAAUCGACAAACGAAAUAUCGAAAUCAAUCUCUACACAUUCUUUGAAUAUUAACAAAGCUACACCUCAUAACCUAAACCAUAACAGAAAUAAUAGCUCUGCAAUUUCAAUAAUUAGCAACUCAUCUACUAUUGGUAAUGGUCAUGGAAAUACCAAUAACUCUAUUCGUAACAGAACUUCAUUCACAGACUUUCACAAGACAUUUUUUUCGAGUGAUUCUGCUACAGUGAAUAACGGCAACAGUAGCAACAUUGGUAGCACUUCAGAACGUAGACAAUCAAUUAACAAUAAGAGAUCAUCUUCAAGUUUGUCUAUUAGUUUAAAACAUAAAACGUCAUAUUCAUCUCUUAAGAAAUUUAAAUCAAGAAGGAAGUCAAAUACUACAAAUGACGAUGGAUCAAGUUUAAUAUCAGUAGGUUCUGGUGGUAACAGUAUGAACAGAACAACUUCCAACAAUGGUAUUUCGUUACCAAUACCAGAUGAAGUAUCUCGUGAAAAAAUUAGAGCUAAGUUAAGGAAUUCUACGUCUCUACUAUCAUUGAAUGCAGCAACACCAGUAAACAGGAAACAGUUCGAUGAAACUAUAUUAAACCAAGUCCUCAAUCUCACUACUAUUAAAUAUGUUUUGACAGAUAUUGACCUGAAACAAGCAGAUAACUCUAAUUUAGAGAUUCUCUCCAGUACAAACUCUCUAAAAUUAACUGCCAAAGUAUGGAGGAUGAUUUCAACAAGAGAUCCCACCGAAACUGUUAUCUGUAAGAAGUUGUCUUUAAACUCCUCAGAAAAGACAAUGUCUCUUAAUGAAUUAAUGAUAUUGAAAUUAACCAAUGGGACACCUGGGUUACCGGUUCUAUUACAAUCCUAUGUUCACAAAUCGUCUAGUCCUACACAAGAAGAGAAGCUGACUUUAUAUUUAUUCUUUAAGGAUCAUGGUACAUCAUUAGAGGCAACUUCCAUUCAUAGUUGGUCACAAUGUCUAAACAUAUUUUGGCAAUGUGUCUCAAUCCUCUAUGUUACAGAGACUAAAUUUAAAUUUGAACAUCGAAACUUGACCUUAGAUCAUAUCUUGAUCGAUAGUAGCGGUAAUGUAACACUUUGUGAUAUGGAAACAUGCCGCGCAGAAUCGGUCAAUUCACCAAACCCCCAAACAUUUUACAAGAGAUUGGAUCAUCCUAUAUUCUACCAAAAUAAAAAAGAAUAUGCUUUCGAUAUGUAUCAGAAUAUGAGACAAUAUUUUAACGGUGAAUCAACAUGGAUUAAUUUUGAACCCAAAACAAAUUUAUUAUGGUUACGUUACUUAGUUAUACUAUUAUUAAAGAACAAUAGCAAUGGGAAAUUCAUGGGACCUGGAAGAGAUCAGUUGAACAAAAUAGCUUCAAUCUUGGAAUAUAGUACUAUGUGCAACUCCAGAAGAAAUCAUCUUUUUAAGCGUAAAGAGAACGAAAUUAAGAGUACAGGUGACUUGUUAAGAUAUAAAUAG